GACCGCAGUUGACGGAUUAGCACUAAUAGAUUGAAAUUGGCUGGAAUCGUGUAGUUUUUCUUUGGAACUUACGGGUGUAAAGUUUCAGUUUAAGUCAUUAACGGAAAGUGUUCAGUUGGCAAAAUGUGGAGUCUUACAUUUGGUGGCAUCAAACAAAUUGCAUUUUGUGCUACUGUGACAUUUAUCUUAAAUCGUGUUGUCGUUGUCUCUGCCCAGGACUUUGGCUAUGAAGGUCAGCACGGCCCGCAACAUUGGGCCGAAGAUUUCAAGCGCUGUAGUGGCAAGUUCCAGAGCCCUAUUAAUAUUGAUGAGUUAAGUGUCGUGGAGAAGGAAUUCCCUGACCUCGAAUAUAAUAACAUCGACGUCAUCCCCAAAAGGGUACACAUGGGAAACAAUGGUCACACUGUGGUGGUCAAGAUGAAGUUUGAGAAGGGCAGGGAACCGAGCAUGAUGGGCGGUCCAUUGGAACGCAAAUCGCAAUAUCAAUUCGAGCAGUUUCACUUUCAUUGGGGUCAGAAUGACACAGUUGGAAGUGAGGAUUUGGUCAACAAUCAUGCCUAUCCUGCGGAGCUGCAUGUGGUAAUGAGGAGUCUAGACUUUAAGGACUUUCAAAGUGCUUUGGGUCAGGAUCAUGGUGUUGCUGUGUUGGCGUUCUUUUUUUCGAUUGACGAAGAGGAUAAUCCAAAUUAUGAAGAAUUUGUUAAGAGUCUAUCGAUCAUUAGUGGAAAGGGCAUGUGGAUUACCUUGCAGAAUCUGCUGCCCCUAAGUAAAUUUCUUUCAUGGGACUUAGUAAGCUAUUAUAGCUACGUAGGUUCCUUGACAACACCUCCUUGUGCAGAGAAAGUGGUAUGGAUAGAUUUUCAAAUCGCCAUACCCAUAUCAGAAAAACAGAUAAAUCACUUUCGGGAACUUACGCUUCACGAUUACCAUUUGAGGAAUAAUUUCCGACCACCUCAACCGAUCAACGAUCGUAUUAUUUAUGAGAAUGUUCCUAGGAAGUUUGUUCAACUUGGCUACAGUGCUAUUCCCUUUGUAAAUGCCGAUAAUGCAGCUGAAAAAUGCAGUAAAGGCGGAGGCAUAGUCCUCAUAUUGGUCUGCUAUGUAAUUAAUUCAUUAUUUACAUGCACGAAAUUUUAAUUAUAUUGAACUACCAAACUUUGCUUACCCGAUUGCGACGGAGUGAGACUUUGAAUCUCGAUUUGGGUGUUAGCCAAUGCGGAAUACAUAAUAAACAAGUGUUUAGGAUCUCUAAAUAACCUCGAAUGCUAUAAUUUGAUUUACUGGUAAAACUAAGCUCUAAUUAAAAUUUAAUUAAUCAAUAAGUAUUUAUUAUGCGAUUGCACCUAGCGAUUUGUAAUCUUAUCCUCCAUAAAUAUGAAUUGAAUAUUUCUGUAACUAUUAAU